AUGGUAUCAUCCAUUUCAUUAAAUCAACAAAUUAACCAAAUUGAAAUUGAAAAUUGUAUUGAAUUAAAUAGUGUUUUGGAUCAGUUUGGGGAUUGGACUUUACGUUUGGACGUUAAAUUUUUUUAUUCAUUAUUUUAUGCAGCAAUAUUUAUUGUUGGUUUAAUAGGGAAUGGUUUUCUUGUUGGAACAAUAAGAAGGAGAAUGACUGUAGCUAAUGUAUUUCUUAUGAAUUUAGCUAUUUCUGAUUUGCUUUUAUGUAUUACUGCCCUCCCAAUAACUCCAGUCUUAGCUUUUGUUAAGCGGUGGAUAUUUGGAUUAGCACUUUGUAAAUUAGUUCCUCUUUGUCAAGGAAUAUCUGUCUUAAUUUCUUCAUAUUGUUUGUGUUUAAUUGCUGUUGACAGGUAUAGAUCUAUUGUUACCCCACUUAAAGUUCCUUGGAAUAUACAACAUGCACAAUGGUUAAUGACACUCUGUUGGACUUUUUGUAUAAUUAUUUCCUCUCCUUUAUUUAUUGUUCAAGGAUUGCAACAAAUUGUAUAUAAAAAUAUGACCUUUUGUGGAGAAUUUUGUACUGAACUUAAUUGGCCUACAGAUUUCCGUAUAAAAUUAUUUUAUGGAAUUUCUCUACUUUCUAUCCAAUUUUUAAUUCCCACUUUAAUAAUGACUUAUUGUUAUUGGAAAAUUUUACAAAAAGUUAGGCAAGAUUGGUUAGUUCCAACAAAUAAUUCAAUAAUGAGUUUAGAACAACAAGCACAAACAGCAAUUCGAAAAAGAAGAGUAAUGUAUGUGCUAAUUUUGAUGGUCAGUUUAGCUUUGUAA